UCCCUCACAGUCACACACACGAAGGAGGAACAUAGCACAUAGUCACAUACAUCAAACUCUCUCAUCUUUCACUUUCUCUCUCUAGCUUCUCUCUCUAUAAAGUAGAAUCUCAUAUACUUGUCCUUGCGAUUGUGAGAAAGAGGAGAGAAAUGGCAGCAGAGGUUAGCUCGCUGGUAAGGGUGAUGGGAGAACAGCAUCGGACGGUGGGGAAUGAGGCAGAGAAAUCAACGGCUCUGAUCACACGGGACCUGUUAGGUGGCUCCUCCGUCGAAUCACAGGAACUCGACCUCGACUUGCAGGUUCCCACCGGUUGGGAGAAACGCCUUGACCUUCAGUCAGGGAAAGUUUAUAUCCAAAGGUGCAACAACACAUUAGGUUCACUACAAGUGAAUGAACAAAAGCUAAAUCAAGUGAAAUCAACAACAUUAGGACCAAAACUUCAAGACCUUAAUUUCCCAUCUUCAAUAACACAACCAUCGUCCAAAGUUCCUUUGAACCUCUUUGAUGACACAAACCUAGACCUAAAACUUGUCUCAUCAUCUUCAAUUUCAUUACCCUCAAACAACAACAACAACAACAAUUACCAAAGUGUGUGCACUCUUGACAAAGUGAAAUCAGCACUAGAGAGGGCAGAGAAGGAGCCAAUACUAAGAAAAAGAACAUCAUUCUUGAAAUCGGUAUCAUCACCAUCAUCGUAUUCGUCAUCCUCAUCCUCAAUUCGGGAGAUGCAAGAGGAAGAGAGUGAUGAUAACAAGAUGAUGAUGUUGAUGAUGGGUAAUUCAUCAUCGUCAUCGACGUUGUCAUCACCAAUUGCUGCAGGGUGCCCUGGAUGCUUGUCUUAUGUUUUGAUCUUGAAGAACAAUCCAAAGUGUCCUAGGUGUAACACUAUUGUUCCCAUGCCAUCAGUUAAGAAACCUAGGAUUGACCUUAAUAUUUCAAUUUAAGAUUAUGAUUAUGAUCAUAAUUUGGGGUAUUAAUUUAUUAUUUUAUUAUAUGAUUUUUUUCAAGCUUUUGUAAAUGUGAUGAUAGAUAAAAUUUAGGGUGGUUCUUAAGGAUUUUAAGGAUAGGAUAAUUUGUUCAGAGUAAUAUUAUUAGCCCUUUUCUCUUUAUAUGUAUAUUGGAAACUUAACGCGAUUUCAGUAGCAAAGCUAAUAGAAAAUUAUCCAAUUUCUCUC